AUUCGAGUCAUUCGUGUCGUGACAGCCGAAGUGUGCAGACGUCUUAAGUGAGAAAGAGUCAGUGAAUUGUGUGUGUGUGUUGAAACAUAAUUGCAAUUCAAGUAAACUGGGCUUACACAUAGACAACAGUGAGAGCGAGUUAAAGAGCGCGCGCGCACACACACACUUACACGCUGUUUGAGUGAAAUAAAGUAAGAAACCAGCUUAGAGCGAGCUAACAAGUGUGUGUCGAUCGUUCAGCAUCCGCGCUGCGCCGUGCAACAAAAAGAGAGAAAGCUAACUGUUUUUGUAUAUAUAUUUGGGCACGUCUUCAGCGCGUUUUUCUUGAACAGUUAAGAAAAGUUGCUGUGGCCGUUGCAAAUUAAUAACAAAAGGGUGUGGUGCGAAAUAGGUGUGCGCUUAACAAAUCGAAAUUAAACCAAAAUGUGGCAAGCUGAGCUAAUGAAGAUUAACAAUUUGUGGCAUGCACUGUUGCUGCUGAUGCUGGUGGCAUGUGCACAGGCGCAACGAACGCCAACGAUUUCGUACAUCACACAGGAGCAGAUCAAGGAUAUUGGCGGCACCGUUGAAUUCGAUUGCUCCGUGCAAUAUGCCAAAGAAUAUAACGUGCUCUUCCUGAAGACCGACUCGGAUCCAGUCUUCCUAUCGACGGGCUCAACGCUGGUGAUUAAAGACUCGCGCUUUUCGCUGCGCUACGACCCCAACUCUUCCACCUACAAGCUGCAGAUCAAGGAUAUACAGGAGACCGAUGCUGGCACCUACACCUGUCAGGUGGUCAUCUCGACGGUGCACAAAGUGAGCGCCAACGUCAAGCUAUCUGUGCGUCGUCCGCCCGUCAUCUCCGAUAACUCGACACAAUCGAUAGUGGCCAGCGAGGGCAGCGAGGUGCAAAUGGAAUGCUAUGCAAGCGGUUACCCAACACCGACCAUCACAUGGCGUCGCGAGAACAAUGCCAUAUUGCCAACGGAUAGUGCCACCUAUGUCGGCAACAUAUUGCGCAUCAAGUCCGUGAAGAAGGAGGAUCGUGGCACCUACUACUGCGUUGCAGACAACGGCGUCAGCAAAGGUGAUCGUCGCAACAUCAACGUGGAGGUGGAGUUCGCACCAGUUAUAACUGUGCCCCGGCCACGUCUCGGCCAGGCGCUGCAAUACGACAUGGAUCUGGAGUGCCACAUCGAGGCGUAUCCCCCACCAGCCAUUGUCUGGACCAAGGAUGACAUCCAGUUGUCCAACAAUCAGCACUACACAAUCUCGCACUUCGCCACCGCCGAUGAGUACACCGACUCGACGCUGCGCGUCAUUACGAUUGAGAAGCGGCAGUACGGCGAUUAUGUGUGCAAGGCGACAAAUCGUUUUGGCGAUGCCGAGGCGCGUGUCAAUCUGUUCGAGACAAUCAUACCCGUCUGCCCGCCAGCCUGUGGCCAGGCGUAUUACGGAGGAGCAGAACAUAUUGCUGCAUCUGCCUCCUCUUUGGCAUUGCUCGGCAUUGUGCUGGCCGUGCUCUACUCCAGAUAAGCCAAUCUAAAACCAACAACGAUGCUUCACAUAAUCAUAUCUAAUCCAUCUCGAAUAUACGAAUAUAUAUAUAUCGAAAAUAUAUAUAGCUAAACA